CGGAACAGGAGCGAGGUCGCUGGCGUUUGCGCCGUGGGUCCGAGUGCCUGAACCCAACUAGGGCCGCCGCUGCCCUCGCCAGCGCUGCCGAGACGCAGGCAGAUGGCAGUGUGCACCAAGAGCAUCGAGAGCGCCCCGAGGAGGUCAGUGGCCAGCAAGCGAGCCGCACGGGCGCUGUCUGCGGCAUUCGUGCGGCGCUGCCGCUGCUGCAGCUGCUGCUGCAUUUCAGGCUGUGGUGGCUUGCAGUGUGCCUAGCUGUCCGGCGAGGUGCUACGCUGGUGGGCGGCAGAGGUGUUUGGUAGCCUCGAAACGGAGGGUCAGGCUGGGCCGAGAUCGAGCAUCUUGGAACUGGCACGCAACUUAGACCGGCGUCGUUUGGCCGCGAGCUUGUUACCGGGAAUACCACCCAGCGAGCCCCAAACAAAACUAGGCACUGCGGCGGAUAAGCAGGCUCAAGCACAGCAGAGGAAGCAGCGAAGACGGUGACGCAGCAUCGGAGGGUGGUGCAGGCUCCUCUCAGCGGGCCGCUCCCGCCGUCAGCCACCACGGGCUUUUGGCGGUGGCAGCAGCAAACAGCACAAUGGGCGACAAGGUGGCGGCCGCGGGUUGCUCCAGGCGCCGGAGCGCGAGCGUUGAGCGUCCUGCUGGUCUGGCAGCUUACGUCGCCCGCGCUCGUCUCGGCAUGGACGUGGCGGGCAGCUGGCUUAUGGCCGUCAUGCUUCUGGUCUACAUGCGCACGAGCGUAGUGGAAAGCGGCUGCAGCUUGGAGGUGGCGGCGGGCAGAGCGCUCCCGGAGUUUCCAUGCGGCGCGCCGCCCCUGGUGCAGGUGUUGCAUGUGGUGUGCAACGCCCCUUUCUACGCCAUCGUGCGGCCAUGGCGGCUGGGCGACUGGGCGUGCCUGGUCGCCGCCUGCGGCUACGCCGCCCCAGCCCCGCUGCUCACGCUGGUCGCCGCCGCCAUGUCUUCGCGCCCCACCCGCAUCUGGUUGUGGUGGGUCAGGCACCGCGACGUGGUGCUGGGCCUGCGCACCUUCCUGCUCACCACCUUCCUGCACACCGCCUCCUAUCUGCUGCUGCCCCGGGACAAGUGGCUGCAGUCGGGGUUUGCGGCGUACAGCAACGCCAUCGCGACACGCCCCAUAGCUGACGCGCUGUCCAUAUCGUGCGUCUGGGUCUUCUUCCCGACGCGCCUCUCCGUUGCGCUGCCGCUGGCUGCCUGCCGCGGUGCGCUGGCCUUCGCCCUGUCCGCAUCUGUCGGCCCGGUGGUGGUCCCGGCGCUGUGGCAGGCUAGCGGCCGAGCUACCGGCAGUAGCAGCAGCAGCAUCGCCGCUGCUGGUGCAGAGCGCGGCCUGCCGGUCCAGCCAGUCCUGCUCAGCCAGAUGCCUGCGCCCAUGCAGCUGCUGGUUGCGCUGCUGCAUGUGGUGCUGCCGGCGGCUGUGUGCUUCGUGUCAGAGCUCCAUGUGCGCCGGAGCUUCGCAGCGCACAUGCAGCAGCAACGGCAGCAGGAGUGGGCGGCCGCCCGCCUGACGCAGGAGCAGCGUGCAGCGCCGCAGUAUUGGAACGUAGCAGCAGGACAGCUCCGAGCGGGGGGUGCUGGUGCAGCAGCAGGCGCUGCGCCUUGUGGUGCCAGCGGCCGCGGCCAGGAGCUGCGCAGCGCCGGGACACAGCUUAAGGUCGGGCCGAGCCGCAGCAGCAUUGACCCACCACCCGCUCCAGCGAUCAGCAGUGAUGUCAGCGCUGGCGGCGGUGCAGGCAGCAGCAGCGCCAGUGGCAUUCUUGUGGGACUUGACAGCGGCCACCGCAUGACGGCUCGGCCAACAGGACCGCGGGCCAGCAGCUACGGUGGUCCAGGUGCCGCCUCAUGCAGCAGCAGCAGCAGCAGUGCAACCGGAGGCUAUGACGGCAAAGCGUGGGCCGGUGCCCUGUCGCCCACUACUGUGUGCAACAUGGUGCCAUCGGAGUCGGAACCCAACUCAGAGGCUGACGUGCUGCUGCUUGUGUGCCAGCAGCAGAAGCAGCAGAAGCAGCAGUGUGCGGGCGCUGCCGAGGCACCGGCAGCCAAGCGUGUGCUGACCGCACAUCUCACUGCACGAGCAGUAGCUGCUGUUGGUCCCAGCUCGCCAGCUUCUGUGGCACGCGCCCAGCCGCGACGACCGCGCAAGGCGCCGCUGCCGGCAUACCAGGGCCUGACCAGCAUGUGCCACAUCAGCGUCAAGGUGCAGCAGCACCCCAGCACCUUCGAGGUCUACAGCCAUUGCCUGCUGCAGGCAGCGCCCGGCAUACUGGCAGCAGCACGCGGCCUUGGCAGCGGGCCCUGGGCAGCUGCGCCUGCUGCCCAGUCGGGCGCGGUGGUGGUGCGCGGCUGCGCGCUGCUGAUUGCGUGGCGGCACGGACUGCUGGCGGACCGCCAUCUGGUGGUUGAAGGAGGUGGCCCUGGCUUUGGCGGCACAGCAUCUGCUGAGUCAGCGCCGUGGCUGCAUGGCCUGCUACCCGCACUCGACGGCGUCCGUGGCGUGGCAUGGCAAUAUGGCGUGCCCGGGCUAACGGCCGCAAGCUGUGGCCCGGCCUGCCGCACAGCUACCUACGUUCAGCUGCUACACCUGACGCCACCCGUGCUGCCGCUGCCUGGUGGGCCUACUGCAUCUGACGCCAUGGCGCCGCCACCUGAGCCGCUGCGGCUGCGGCUCUUCAGCGCCGGGCCGCAGCGGGCUCGGCUGCUGGUGGUCGGCAGUAGCAGCACUGAGGCUGCGGCUGGAGCUACUGCCGCCGGGGGCCUCCGCCCGCAGCGGGUGUUUGCAGAGCUGCAGGUGCUGCUGUGCGGUGGUGAUCAGGAGCUGGAGCUGGGCGGAGAGGUGCUGCGGCAGCUGCUGCUAAUGGCAUGUGUGGAGGCGGAAGCCCCCACUGGCCGCGGCUGGGCGCUGCAGCUGCUGCUACUGCCGCCUGUGCAUGAUGGCGACGAGGAGCUAGUAGAGGCGGCAGAGGGCAGCUCGGGCGAGGGCAUGCCGCCGCCACCCCUGCUGCACUUCUCGGCGCCGCUGUUGGUGCUGCCGGCGGCCGCGGCGGUGGAGCUGUGCGGGCUGUGGGAGCAGGUGGCAGCGGAGGCGGGCGGGCACGCUGCUGCCGCUCACGCCCACCUGCAGCCGCUGCUGUCAGACCUGGCGUAUGUGCUGGAGGCGGCGGGGGCAGAGGGGCUGCUGGCGGCGGCGGCAGGGGGCGGCGGCGGCACGGUGUCAUCGCAUGGCGCCAGCGUGGCUUCAGCACUGCUGACCUACCUGCAGCGCGUUGGUCUGACAGCCGCUUGCAGUAUGGUCGCUGGCCUCGGCAGUUCAGGUUCGCGUGAGAGUCGUACGUCACAGGCGCCGAAAGCUGCAACAAACGCGGUGGCCGCGGCCUCCCCGCGCGCUGCUGCUGCCGAGGCUCUGAGCCGCCACUCCACGAGCCGCCCGGCCGCGACCGCCCUGCUGCACGGCUUCUCGCCGCCGCAGCUGGAGGCGCAGUUUGCGGCCUGGCGAGCAGUGCGAUUAGCGCGCGCCGCGCCCUUCCUGCUGGCCAUGACCGCCCAGCCCUACCUGCUGGGCCUGAUUCGGGCCGUGGCGGAGCAGCCCCGAGCAGUGGUGGUGCAGACGCUGCUGCUUGUCCUCGCCCUGUGGCUGGCCGACAUCCUCGGCUCACUGGUGCUGCUGCUGCAGCAGCGCGCAUGCGCCCGGGCCGCCCGCAGAGCCAGCACCCAGGCCCAAGCACCCGCACCCGGGCUUGCUGGCACCGCCCUCCACACCAGCCUCCAGCACAACUACGACCGGCUCUACCACGUGGCCUGCGUCUACGCUGCGCCGGCGCUGUUCCUGGCAGCCUCAAUUGUCUCCAGGCUGCGGCCGCUGCCUUCCAAUGAUGUGUUCGUGGGCAACCCCCGCGUGCUGCUGGGCUCGGCCUUCAGCCGAGGUCUCGUGCUGCCCAGCGUCCAGCAGUUGAGCUGGCGGCAGGCGGCGGCCGCGGCGGUGCUGCUGGCACCCGGAGAGGCGCUGCAGGCGGCGGCGCUGCAGCCGGGCUGGCGAUGGGGCUGGGUGGUUGCGAUGGUGGUAGGCUGGCGGCUGGCAGCGUGCGCAACCUCGGCGGCGUGGGAGUGGCGGGCGCGGGCACGCUUCCUGGUACUGCAGGAGAGGGCGCAGCAGGAGCCGCGUGCGUGUGAGGAUACGAAGAAAGCGAAGACUGCUUGAAAGCAAAGACCGGGGUUUCUUAUGUGUGCUAACACCGAUAGUCACAACGGUGGCGUAGGAGCAAGGCCUUAUUUGAAUGGUCAACAAUCGUAAUAGCAUGCGCACGUUGCAUUGAGGUGCUUACAGGAUGCCAUGAGGGACUCGUGGUCGGGUAAUUGGUGUGUUGCCACGUUGGAGUUCCUUGCUGGGGCCGUAUGAGGGCCGAACCGUACUGGUGACCUGCAACGGCCGUCGCGUAACAGUGUGCGAUGGGACAGGGCAAGGGGCAGGUUUGCGUUGUCCCGUAGUGUGCAGCGGGGUCUGCAACCGCCGUACAAGUAUCAUUAUUAGUCCGCACGUCUGAUGAUGUGAAGCACAGGUGCCGGCAACGUGGGCGCAGACACGGGCAGACCAAACUGAGGAGGGUAUUUGUGGCUGGCUGUAUUAUGCCCAGCCAAGAGAGUGUGCCUAGCCAAGAGGCAAAUAUCGCGUCCGCGGACGAAUACAACACAACAUGAUACGCUACGUCGGUACUAUCGCUUUUUGGGCUGAGCCCCCCCAGCGAAGCGUUCCAGGGGGGGGGCGAAGCCCCCCAGGAACACCCCUGUCCGUGGCUGGUUCGUUCGUGCGUCGGCAAAACAUAGCAUACUGGCGCAAACCGCGACUGCUACGUAUUAGGAUGUGUUAAUGCCUAUUGCAUGUAAAUAGGUGGCAGGGAAAAUUCGGGCGGAGCGAGAAGUGCCUUGGCGCGUCCAGAGACAAUUGACUUUCGCGAGGUCGCGAGUAUAGCUCUCGGGCCCUAAUUUCUUACAACC